UGAAAUCAACGCAACAGACGUGUACUCUUCGCUCCAAUUGCUGAAUUCGCCGAAAAAUAAAAGCACAAAUAUAUUUAUGAAUUUCGUGUAUAACGUAAAUUUUCGCAUAAUUUGGCCAGUAUAAACGUUAAAGUGCAAUUUGUUUGUAACAGUGCUAAUUGUUGACGCGCAGUGCGCUAUUUUUGUCAACAUUCUUUUGUGUGUUUGAUAAGAAACCCGUGAAAUUUGUUAUAGUUGCAUAACCCCUGACCAUUGUAAGCGCCAAAAUAAGAACGCCCGCAGGCAACAACAACAACAACAACAAUAUCAUUGCUGCUUAUGCAAAACAAAACAGCAAAGAGCGAAAACCAAAAAAAAAUUCCAUUGCGGUGUAGCGGCCGUUGCCGCCGGGAUACAAGCCCGCUCCCCGCCGGCUCAGAGGCCGUCGAGCUACAUGCGCUGCUCGUUAACGGGGAUUUGAAGUGCGCGUUAAUUAUACCAAGUUAAAUUUCACAUUUACAAAGCCACUUUGCGGCUGGGGCAAGGAAGAUAAAACCCGAUUAUGUCCCAAAAUCGUGAUACUCUGAUACAUUUGCUAGCCGGCGCAUCGGCGGGCACAGUUGGCGCUGUGGUAACAUGUCCCCUGGAGGUGGUCAAGACGCGUCUACAGAGCUCGACGGCAUUUUUGCCGCCGUCAACGCGGAUUGUUGAGCCCGCUGGCGGGCCGGCGAACGGUGGCGCCUCCGAGCUGCUGCGGCCGGAACAACGACGUAAGCUAAGCACAACGAUAUUACGUAACAGAUCACAGCCACAGGUGAUUGGGGGUGUCCGUAGGAUUAUGGCCAUUUCACAUUGCGGCAUCUCAUCGACGACCACAAAGUCCAUGAGCAUUGUUCAGUGCUUGCGAUACAUUGUCCAGAAUGAAGGUCCCCGCGCACUCUUCAAAGGUCUCGGUCCAAAUCUUGUGGGCGUGGCACCAUCGCGUGCCAUCUACUUUUGCACCUACUCGCAAACAAAAAACUCGCUCAACAGCUUGGGUUUCGUUGAGCGCGACUCGCCGCUGGUGCACAUCAUGAGCGCGGCCAGCGCCGGCUUUGUCUCGUCCACGGCGACGAAUCCCAUUUGGUUUGUCAAGACGCGACUGCAGCUCGAUUACAAUUCCAAGGUGCAGAUGACGGUGCGGCAGUGCAUCGAGCGUGUGUACGCACAGGGCGGCAUUAAGGCUUUCUACAAAGGCAUCACGGCCAGCUACUUUGGCAUCUGCGAGACAAUGGUGCACUUUGUCAUCUACGAGUUCAUCAAGUCCAAGCUGCUGGAGCAGCGCAAUCAGCGGCAAUCGGACACAAAGGGCUCACGCGAUUUCCUGGAGUUCAUGAUGGCUGGCGCCGUCUCUAAAACGAUUGCCUCCUGCAUUGCCUAUCCACACGAGGUGGCACGGACGCGCCUGCGUGAGGAGGGCAACAAAUACAACACGUUCUGGCAAACGUUGCACACGGUCUGGAAGGAGGAAGGACGCGCCGGACUCUACAGAGGCUUGGCCACGCAACUGGUGCGACAGAUACCCAAUACGGCAAUUAUGAUGGCCACCUAUGAGGCGGUUGUUUAUGUGUUGACGCGACGCUUUAACAAUAAAUCGAACGAGUUUUACGAUUUUUGAACCAACACGAGGACAACACAAAAUUGCCACGCCUAUUAUAUACCCCCGGACUAGUUAACAGCGAGGAGGAAACCCAAUCUGUGCAUAUAUAGACGCGACUGCUGCAACUUAAUCUAAUUGUAAUUUAAAUAUGGUUUUUUCUAGACGAUUUAACCAACGAGCGCAACACUUGGUUAAUUAGCUCCUAAGGCAACGAACUCGAGAGACUUGAGACGUUAAUAUUGAAAAACGUUAAACGCACGAAUUAUGUUCUAUAUUGCUAAAAGAAAACCAACAUUGAAACAAGGCGAAAAAAAGAAAAUUGAAAGAUUCGCAAACGUUAUCAAAAUUAAAGAAAAGGCUUAUUAGUUAAAGUUAUAUAUAUUUACACUUAAAAUGCAUAUAGAACAUGUGUUUGAUAUUUUGAUAUAAUAUUCACUUGUAUAUAGAGUUUCAGUAGACUUCCAAUAAAUAUUUAUGAUGUACAUUAUAAUAGUUAAAGAUUAAUGUGAGAAAAGUGCGCUCGGCAAAUUGUGUAUAUAAGAGAAACCUUUGCUUAUAAUAUAAUUUAAAACGUUGCCUUCCUAGUUUUUAGUUGAAUAAGCACAAUCUGUAGGAAUUACAGCCGCAGGAUGUGCUAUCAAGUCCUGCGGUCGCAGUCAUUAGGCGCGCAAAUCCAAAUUGUCCAAAUCGACGCCGCCAUAUAAAUACAUAUAUAAAUAUCUAUGUAUACUUAUGUAAUUACUCUCAUUAAUUUGUAGAGAAACGGUAUGCACCACGCAGCGUAUACGUAAUUGUUGUGUUAAGUUUUCUCAAAUGCGAUAUAUAUUUUAGUUAACAUUAAUCUAUUCAUUAAAUAUUAACGAUACGUUGCUGUUUAUUUAGUAAUUAAUCUAAUGCCACUAUAUAUUUUAUAGUGGCCUUAAUCGUAUUUAAUUGAUAACGAGCAAAGAACGAAAGAAAAGUACUGUGAAUAUUUGAUAACAAUCUAAUUGAAUGGUGAAAUCAAUAAAUCUAAUUUUUUGUUUAAAAAUAAACACUGUUU